CACGCCCUAGGCCACGCCCCGGUCUCCUCGCCACGCCCCCUGUGGGCGAGCCCCCACUGCGCGGACCUUAGUACCUUGCCUUGCAGUGGUCCGAGUCGGCUGAAAGGAGUCAUCAUGGCAGCGGCGUUCCGCAGAGGCUGCGGGGUCCUAAGAAGUCUUUCUCAUUUUGAGUGGCGAGCGCAACACACGAAAGCGUCUCUCAAGAAGGAGCCGGGAUUAGGGUUUAGUUUUGAGUUGUCUGAACAGCAGCAAGAAUUCCAAGCAACCGCUCGAAAGUUUGCCAGAGAGGAAAUCAUCCCGGUGGCGGCAGAAUACGACAGAACCGGUGAAUACCCAUUCCCCCUCAUUAAAAGAGCCUGGGAACUUGGUUUGAUUAAUGCACACAUUCCGGAGAACUGUGGUGGUCUUGGACUGGGAACUUUCGAUGCGUGUUUAAUUACCGAAGAGCUGGCGUACGGGUGUACAGGGGUGCAAACUGCUAUUGAGGCGAAUUCUUUGGGGCAAAUGCCUGUGAUUAUUGCUGGAAAUGAGCAACAAAAGAAGAAGUACCUGGGGAGGAUGACUGAGCAGCCAAUAAUGUGUGCCUACUGUGUUACAGAGCCCUCAGCAGGCUCUGACGUGGCCGGCAUUAAGACCAGAGCGGAGAAGAAGGGCGAUGAGUAUAUCAUCAACGGCCAGAAGAUGUGGAUAACCAACGGAGGGAAGGCCAACUGGUAUUUCUUGUUGGCGCGCUCUGACCCAGAUCCUAAAGCACCUGCUAGUAAAGCCUUCACCGGGUUCAUUGUGGAAGCUGACACCCCAGGAGUCCAUGUCGGAAAGAAGGAAUUAAACAUGGGCCAGCGAUGCUCCGAUACAAGAGGAAUUGUCUUUGAAGAUGUCAGAGUGCCUAAGGAAAAUGUUUUAAUCGCUGAAGGAGCCGGUUUCAAGAUUGCGAUGGGGGCUUUUGAUAGAACCAGACCUACAGUAGCAGCUGCUGCUGUUGGGCUAGGCCAGAGAGCUCUGGACGAAGCUACCAAGUAUGCCCUGGAGAGGAAAACGUUUGGAAAGCUGCUAGCAGAGCACCAGGGAGUUUCAUUUCUGCUUGCAGAAAUGGCGAUGAAAGUUGAACUCGCAAGACUCGCUUACCAGAGAGCAGCUUGGGAGGUUGACUCUGGCCGCCGGAACACAUACUAUGCCUCCAUUGCAAAGGCCUUUGCUGGAGAUAUUGCCAAUCAGGUAGCGACUGACGCCGUGCAGAUUUUUGGAGGCUAUGGGUUCAACACAGAGUACCCUGUGGAAAAGCUGAUGAGAGAUGCCAAGAUCUAUCAGAUUUAUGAAGGUACUGCACAAAUUCAGAGGCUGAUCAUAGCCCGUGAGCACAUUGGAAAGUUUAAAAAUUAAAAGGAAUUGCUAUUGAAAAGAUGCUACAUCCUCAUGUAACUAAAUCUCAAGACACUGUUUAUGCUUAAGAGGGGGAAAGGGGCUUUAUCAUCUUUCCCAGGAAAUAAAAUAAAGAUGAGUCACCCAAA